AGUCCGGAACCGGGCCAACCCUGCGGGGGGUAUUAAGGGGCAGCGGGCUGGCCUGAAGUUCUGGGAGAAAAAUUCUGGAGGCGUUGCGAUAGGGGCCACUCCGUCCAACUGACACGAGACUUUCCCAGUUUGUUUGCAUUCUUCAGAUAAAUGAUGAAAGCUCUGAUCGUCGCCGGGUCAGACUAGAAAAGUUGGCAAGACUGGAACUGGUUCUGGAUCCUAAAGACUCGUGUCCAGCUUUCAGUGCCAUCAUUCACUUGCGUUCACGGCCGACUGCGAGAGAAAAGACCGAAAAGCGUCGUCGCCCUGCUACACCGCGCGCGGGCGGGCGGACCGUGGUGUCUCCCCGCUGACGUGACCAUGGAUCUCCCGGCGGUCAGGACGGCCCUGCUGCUCAGCUUUUACUUCUGCGUCGGCACCCAAGUGCAAGGCCAGUCGGAGUGUCCAGCCGGCUACCGCCAGUUCCGCCGCCACUGCUACAUGUUCUCCGACUUCCCAGUCAACAACAUGAAGGCGGAGGCCAUCUGCGCUCGAGACGGGGGCAAGCUGGCGGAGGUCUCGGGCCCGGUCUACCAGUUCCUCGCCCAGGAGACGAACAGAUUCCGCACGCCACACUGGGUCGGCGUGCCCAGGAGGAAGGUCAAGGCGAAGCCUGGGUACGACGUCUGGCCCAGGAACCCCAACGAUAGUCCCGGGAACGAGAACAAACAUUUACGUCACAAUCUGAAGAACGGACGGAGGAAAGUACGAGACUGUAUACUGAUGUACCAGUAUUUCGACUCCUACACAUGGCGGCCGUUCGCCUGUUCUACCAAGGCUGGCUACAUCUGUCAACUGGACCCAGCAGCCCUCUCGGAAGGCCCGAAGGUUCCGAUUGGGACAGAGCCUCUACCACAGGGCGUCUUCAGCUGGUGUCAACAGGAGGAGAACCGGAACUCCCUCAGCUGCAUCUUGGAGCGAGACUAUCCCGACCGCCUGAAGGAGUAUACCUCCAGUUUCUCCGCCUUCCUUCCCGCCACCGACCAGGACGUGAAUAUAGUGUACUUCGGUAAGGAAGUGGAGUCGCAACAACCCGCCAUCAGUGGUUCCCCAGGCAGGCUAUUGCAUAUCAAUCCAUGUCAAGAAGUAGAAAAGUUCACCACGUACGUCAAAGCUGAGAAUCGGGAGGGGAAGCUGGUGGAACUCAUGCAGGGCGUGACGCGGGACGGGACGGCGCGGUACCAGAAGUUCCACGAGGUGACGUGCCGGCAGAGUGAGCCCGUGUAUAGCGGGUGCAGCGGCACCUGUACCGAGGGAGAGAAGCUGCACCGUGCGAUGGUGCUUUUGGAUGGCUCUCCGCCGAAACCAAUAUGGGACUGGAUAAAAGUCAAGUCCAGCUGUAGCUGUCGGGUGACGAAUUAUAUCCUACCGUCUUCGUGAUGAUGUCUAUUGCUACUUCAAUACGAAGUCAGACAACCCGCAGUCUUUGCUACCAGUACGGAUGAACUCAAGCUUCCUGUGUAAUGUGGUGAAACUACACCCAAACACUGGGUAUCAAUAUGAGUGUUACUACACCAGGCUACAUACGUAAUACGGAAACGAAGUCUUUGUUUGUAUGGUCAACUUUGACCAAGCCCCAGACAAACGAUACUGAUUUCAAAACUAGUAACGUGAACGACAUAGACCUGUACAAAAGGGGUUUACUUGUAUUACGGUGUGGUGUUACUGAAUAUUUCAGUCUCCAUGUACAGAACAACUGCAUCAUAAUGGGAAAAUGUCAGUUACUAGUACCUUACUACCGUGGCUGUCACAUUCCAACACUAGUUCAACGUAUUGCCUGCCCUUUUCUUCAUUAGGUCCUUCGGUAAAAAUUUACUCGAGGAUACUCAGUAGUAAUUAGUGAACGAGAAUGUUAACAUACUAUAAUUGGAAUAAUUAUGUUAAUGAUAAAAGUGUGAAGUAUUAGGUUUAUUUCUUAGAAUAAAUUAGUUCUAGGUAAGAAAGACAAGUUUUUUUACCAACGUCGUUACAUUUCUCUCAAUUGUUCUUGAGACUGUAACAAGUUAUACAUUUUCAGUGUUUACUGCUUCUGAGAGUUCAUUUAGCGACAAAGGGGCUAUUGGACUGGGCGUUUUGAAUUUUUCAUGCCAAUUGGGGAAGGGGGUAAGAUUAGAUGACAACUCCACAACUUAGCGCCAUGACAAAGAAUAUGGCUGUGUGAAAUGAAUAAUUUAAAUUGUAUCUCUUCUUUCAUCUCAUUUUCGGUCAUGUUAUCAUUUCUUGUGCAAAAAAUAUCGAAAUCUAGAUUAUGAAAUAAGAGUUUUGGCACAAUGCAUUAGCCAAUUGAUACGAAACACAUUAUUUUUACUAUUUUAGCAGUGAGUAACCUUUAACUAUGUGCCAACAAAACAAAACAAUACAGACGACAGUGCCCACCAGCAGCGUGUAAUAGACAAAUAAAAGUUAUGUGUAAACAUCUCUGCUUUUUAUUUAUGCCAUGAUGUCACCUGGUCAGGACACGUGUAUUGUAUCUUUAGUUCACUGGAAGUCUUCACACCAACUGCAAUGUGAAUCAGCAAAGCAACUUUGGGAAAAUGGGGCUAAAUUUUGUGGACCUGCAUUUUGGCUAGGUAAUGGUUUAUGACCUGUUGUUGUAAAGUGCUACUGCAAAUAUCUUCACAAAUCAGCUGUGUAAAGACUAGUGGCGUGAGUAACUUCGGGAUGGUUCAUUUCUGCAAAAGGUUGAUACGGAAAAG